CACAGUGCGCAGGCGUCGCUGCCCCGGCGCACUAUGGGAGUCGUAGUCUUUCCUUGCCGCUCCCCAUGCCUUGGCCUUCCAGACUUUUCUGUCCUGUGUCUUGGUUACGGACAGCCAAAUGUCGCUCAGUUGAGCACCCUAGGUUGACCUCUACUUUAUUCUAAUCUUUUUUAAGUUAUUUGGGAUAAUGACAAUUGCUGUCCUUUUGGGGACAAGAGGAACCCCGGAACACUGGCAGUUUGGAGGACUUGUGGGCUUUGCCCUUCUAAAAUCCAUAGGUGGAAGAACAGGCCUAGACCUGGGGGUUGGCUCCCACACUGCCAAAGUGUGCCCCAAGUGGCUGCCGACUCAGAAUUGCUGUUACAAUAGAGAUGAAAUGUAGCAUUAACUCUACAUUUUGUGCUGUGUGGUGUUGACACAGAUGGAUUAACUGACAUUCGGCUUUUUUUCUGUACUUAGGUUGCUGUUAAACCAAGUUUAUUUUCAAAAGCACAGCCGCAUAGUUAUGGGCCUUGCUGCUAUAGCAAGGGUGUGUGUGUGUGUGUGUGUGUGUGUGUGUGUGUGUGAGAGGGAGAGAGAGAGAGAGAGAGAGAGAGAGAGAGAGAGAGAGAGAGAGACAGACGGACAGACAGACAGACAGCGACAGGGACAGAGAGAGGAGACUGAAAUACUAAGAUUGUGUGUAGACGAGCGAAUUUAAAAAAACCAGGGACAGUGCGGGCCCGACACUGCAGUUCCCGACACGGAACACAGGGAAGGUCCCCGCUUUUAUUCUAGGACUAGGUAAAUAUGGCUCGCCCAGCUUUAAAGCUGAGCAAAGAUCCCUGAUCAUCUCCUUCCUCCCCUCCAUUCUCAUCCUUUCCCUGCCUCCCCCGUAGAGGAUGAGAAAGGAGCCAGAGAAAUAUCCAUUUUCUUCUCCAUGUGUUAGUUCAGGACCGUGAAAAAGGAAGACCUGGAAGGCCCCCUCUUCUGGCUCAGUCCAGGGAACAAUCUUCCUUGCCCCAGGCCUGAUUCUUAAGAGGGCCGGGCAGGGCAGGGCUGGGCCGGGCAGGACAGGGCAGGGCAGACCUUUUUAACCUUGUUGCUCAAUCCCAUCUGGUGUGGAGGAGUUGAAAUCCCGCAUAUUCAGGUGAUCCAAUUCCUUCACAGCCUCCUGCCCACUGGCAUAGACCGAGAAGGGCCCACGGAGGAGCAUGGUCCCAGACAGAAGCAGCAGUGGGAGACUAGGUCACCAACAACCGGCUGCUUGCGAGAAGAUGGACCAAGCUGACUUGAUCUCUGCCAGCGUUUUCCCCUCCGAAUGUGAAGUGGGCGGGCCCUUCCUUUACGCACGCUUCCCUCGUGCCCUCCAGGGCAGUUGCUCUCUCGGAUGCAGCGGGUAGGAAGCAGUUUCUCCAGCCGGCAAGAACCGGGGGAGAACCGGGUGGCGUCCCGAUGUCCCAGCGCGGCGUCCCGAUGUCCCAGCUCGACCUCAGCUGAACGAAAUCAAGUGGCCACACUACCGGUGCGGCUGCUCAGGGAUGAUCUGGCUGUGGUGCACGGCAACAGCCGUGCGGAUCCUGGUUUCCAGAUGAAGAUGGAUGCCCACGGUUUCACUCCGGGGGAGCUGAUGGUGCAGGUGGACGGCCAGAACCUGACAGUGACCGGUCAGAAGAAACAGCAGUCGAAUGACCCGGUCAGGGGCAGUUACCGCAUGGAGCAGACAGUGCACCGGCAAAUGCAACUCCCACCGAACUUAGAUCCUGCAGCUAUGACCUGCGGCCUGACACCAUCGGGCCAUCUGUGGGUCCUGGGACAAAACCGGUCACUAUCUCCCCCUGAAGCUCAAACAAGCCAGGCCUGGAGACUCAGGGGCCUCGGAUCUAAGGGCUCCAACUGAUCCUGACCCAUUAAACAACCGAGAUGUGCAGCAGUCUUGAGUCCCUCAACAUUUUUUCUUGGGGAUGGCAGGUUGGAGCUGCAGGAUGGAGGAGGCCGGGGGGAGGCAUCUCAAGCGGAUAGUUAAGUACACCAAUAAUCAGGCUUUUGGCCCUGCGAUAAACUGGAGGGAAGUGUGGACUAAGCUAACAGCAACGGCUCCAGCAGGGAGCAGCAGAGGGCUGGGAUGGCCUAUGCCAAUGUUCAGAAUCAAUGGAUGGUCCUGAACCAGGAUGGACAGUGUUGAACCUGUCAUGGGGUGCUGUGGAUGACAGAGGUGGUGAUGGACUGGAGCAAUGGCCUUAUGAUCAGUCCUCAGUGUUCCUCUUCAGGGAGAGGACAA